UAAUCAUACAUUAAAUUUAAUUUCAAUCUUCUUCUUCUUCCUCCCGAUAACCUUUCCGAUUUAUAUACCUAAAUUAUAUCUCUUUGGAAGAGGAAGAACCAAAAGGAAUCUCUCUCCCCACCCAUCAAGCAAAGCUUCCAAGAAUCAACCUUUUACCUUUUUCAAGAAAAAAUAAAGAUUUUUUUCUCUCUCUCUCUCUCACGUUCUUUCUGCUUUUUCUUUCCUCAGUGAUUCUGAUUUCUGGGUAUUUGCGCUCUUCUUGAAAUCUGUUGAUAGAAAACAUGGGUUUUUAUGAAGGAGCGUCUGUUCAUCCACGACACUCGGAUACAAAUUCCCAUGGCGACUCUAUAAACCCUCGUUCCUCUUCCUCUUCUUCAGCUCCGGAUCUGAACAGUGGCUACAAUGAUCCAGAAUUCAAAACCCGUCUGAAAAAGAUGAUCUUUGAUUUGGGUUUCUCCUGCUUCCUUCCUCCUCUCGCCAAAACCAGCUCCGGAAAGAGCUCCGGCGAAAAUGACGGCUGCGCCGACCAGAACAAGGCGUGGCUGUUGGCGGAAACCGGACCGGAGCUUAUGAACCCGGACCCACAUUCCGUACACUCUUCGUUUAGGUUCAGUCUGUGCUCACAAGUGGAGCUCGAGAAGAUGAAAAUGGAGGAUUCUUCGUCGUCGUCGUCGUCAUCGUUGUGUCGGAACCUGUCGAUUUCUGGGUCGGCGACGGUUUUGCUGGUGAAUCUGGAGAAUGGGUUAAAGGAGACAGGGAAACCGACGGAGGAGACGAAGUGGAAGAGGGCUUGGUCGCUCGAGAAGAGUAUUUCUCCGGUGGCGAAUUGCUUGGUCCGCUUCAGCUACAGCGAAAUCCUCUCUGCGACUCGUGAUUUCUCGAAAGGGAGAGUGCUGGGAAGAGGAGCUUGUAGCUAUGUGUUCAGGGGAAGAAUCGGAAUUUGGAGAACGGCUGUGGCCAUCAAGAAACUCGAUAAGGAAGACAAAGAAACUCCAAAGUCCUUCUGCAGAGAGCUGAUGAUUGCAAGCUCUCUUCACAACCUUAACAUUGUGCCUCUUCUAGGGUUCUGUAUCGACCCGGAAGAAGGUCUUUUCUUGGUUUACAAGUAUGUCUCCGGUGGCAGCCUCGAACAUUACUUACACGAUAAGAAGAAGAAAAAGGGAGUGAAGAGCGGCUCGUCCUCGAGUCUUCCGUGGUCAGCAAGGUACAAGAUCUCGGUGGGAAUAGCGGAUGCUAUAGCUUAUUUGCAUAAUGGAACGGAUCGAUGUGUUGUUCAUAGAGACAUCAAACCCUCAAAUAUUCUUCUUUCCUCAAAGAAAAAGCCCAAGUUAUGUGAUUUCGGAUUGGCUACAUGGACGGCUGGACCUUCAGUUCCUUUCCUCUGCAAGACCGUCAAAGGGACAUUCGGAUACUUGGCUCCAGAGUAUUUUCAACAUGGAAAGAUAUCUGAUAAGACUGAUGUUUACGCCUUUGGGGUUGUGUUGCUUGAGCUACUUACCGGACGAAAGCCAAUCGAAGCAAAGAGGCCAUCUGGGGAAGAAAAUUUGGUCGUUUGGGCGAAACCAUUGUUGCACAGAGGAAUGGAAGCUAUAGAGGAAUUGCUCGAUCCACGGGUCAAAUUUACACGAAAAAACUCGGUUCAGAUAAACCGGGUGAUCAGAGCUGCUGCAGCAUGUGUGACAAACGAGGAAUCACGAAGACCCGGGAUGGAAGAGAUCGUCUCGAUUCUCAGGGGCGAAGAAGGAUUGGAACAGAGAACGUACUCUAGUCGGAAAAAAACCAAUUUCUCGGGCAUGAUCGAUAGCUAUACGCAGUUGCAACAGACGAAAUCCGAGAUGAAGGGUCAUCUGGCUCUCGCCAUGCUCGGAGUUACAGAGUUUGAAGACUAAGACCAUUUGUACGGAAGGUAAAAACUAUCAAGAACUGCUCAGAAACAAUAAGGAGGUGGAAAAAAAAAGAAGCUUGGUUGAGUUCUCAUCGUAGAUUUUGGGAAAGUGUAAAUAGGAUAAAGAUUCAGACAGAGUUUUUAGUUUGAUGAUCCACUGAUAUGUUCGUGUGUUUGUGUAAAUGCUUAUGAUCGGUUUUUCAAAUUGAGAAAACCGGUUCUGGUUUUUUAUUUCCCGGUUUUGUUAUCAAGAAAAAAGCCGAUUCUCCGGUUUUCGGUCUCUGAAGGAAACCGAAGGUGGAGAAAAGUUGCCCUUAGGAAGA